AUGCCUCGACAGUCUUAUGCCACAUACCUAAGUCAACAUGCCACCUCAGACGAGUGGCAAGCGGCGUGUGUGGUUAUGCUGCGCUGCCAUCAAGAGCAACUGGUGUCGCUAGCCGUGUUGGGGUCCAAGUGGGCCAACGUUCCAGGGGAACAGGGCGUGCAAGUGAUGUACAGCAGUCAGCUCGCAGACCUCAUUCGAUACCGCUCGAUCAUAGCAGGAUCGUUCGACGAGCUACAGCACCAUCUGGACACGUCGAAUGUGCUGGCAUUGUUGGCGCUCCCGCCGUCACCGACCUACGACAUGUCAUUCCUUACAACUAACGACGUCGCACAGGAACCCCUGCUACUACAAGAUCAUAACGACAGCAAGAUUUGGAUGCAAUGGCACGAGGAAAGAAUGCAGCUCGAAGGAUGUCCGCUGGGAGUGGCCACGCUGACACUUGCAAAUCACUGUUGGCUGGAAGAUAACGGCAACAUCGAACUCAUCCCCGACUUACACGACGCGUUUACGGUCGUGGGGCUGCUGUAUUCCCCUGGACCCAUUGACAACCAACGCCGCAAUGCCACCACCCAAGUGAUUCUCUGUGCCCAAGUGUCGUCCACGUUUUCCGCAGUGGUGGCGUCAGCGUGGCGUGGGGUGGGCGACACUUUGACCCGGCAUCUGUUGCAACUUCGACUGAUGGCGGCGUGGCUCGAGCUGCCGUUGUCCGCGGGAAGAACGUCAACAGGUUUUGGCUGCGUUUGUUAUCACUGUGGUCAACUGUGCGUCGGCAUGUCGAUGAUCUGUUUGGGAUGUUUGGCGGACUUGUGUUCGUGCUGCUGCCUUCGCUUUCCCGUUCAGUUCAAGCACCGCCAAGGGUGGACGCUUGAGGACGUGGAGGACAGUUCUAGCUGUAGAGACUGCUGGGCGCGAGUCCACGACUCGAAUUUCGAGCUCCACUGGUCUAGUACUGUGGAAGAAAAAAAAAUGGUGAACACGGACGACCACAACGAGUGUAUGCAGACAAACGACAUUGUAGAAGCUUCUGACCCUGGAGUUCAAGUGGACCAAGCUGACGUGACGUUUCUCCUAUCACUUGCGACGGCCAAGGCCGUCCAAACCAAAAAAUGUGCCACUGAACGCUCCCAACCACGAGUUGCCUCGUGUCCUGCAACCUUGUGUCGAUGCCAGACCACGGAGGUUGUGCCCCAUUUUGAAGUGAUCUUGUAG